GCUACAGAGUGCACUAGGGACUGUAUGAAUCAAUACAGCACAGACCCAGCACAUACAAGGAACAGGAGGGUGUGGAUAUUAAAAACACCAGACAUAAGUCACGUCUUAUUUGUUGGGUGAAUUUAUGAAGAAAGACCUCAAACAACACCAAGAACUGGAAAGAUUGUAACAAGCUAAAGUCAAAGAUGGCUGCCCGUAUCACAGUCCAUUCAGUGCUUGAUAAGAUCAGUAAGGAUCAUCUAGAAUGUCCAAUAUGCACCAAUCGCUUCAUCAAUCCAACAAUGCUAGACUGUCUACACAGCUUCUGCUUCACAUGCCUCAAGGAGCUUCACCAACAAGAUCCUAACAACUCCAUCCUACUGUGUCCUCUGUGCAGAAAGAAAACAACACUAGAAGACAACAAGGUUGACAGUCUACCUAAGGACUUUAAACUCAAUGCCCUGGUGGAUGAGUUUACUGUUCAGGAGCAACUUAUUGAGGGUCAUGGGUCAGAGGUCAAAUGUCAAGCCUGUAAAAGAGAUCAUACGGCUGUUUCCAGAUGUAUUGACUGUGAACAUUUUAUUUGUCAUGAAUGUCAACAAGCACAUCAGCAUAUGGCUAUUUUGGAAUCACAUAAAAUCUACUCACUUGCUCAACUGCAAUCAGGUGUAGUAACCUACCGCAGUAAAAUCAGGGAGUACAUUCCAAAGUGUGGCAAGCACAGUGAUCAGACUCUCAACAUCUACUGCAACACAUGCCAGAAGUUAGAAUGCACAACUUGUACCAUUCUUGAUCAUGCAAACCAAACACAUGACCCCAUCGGCAUACCUGAGGCUUUAGACAAAUGCAAACAGGAAGUCGCAGAGCUGGUUGCAAAAGCUGAGAAAUGCAAGGCUGAUAUUCAAACUGCCAUGGAACAAGCUAGUGAGUCUUGCAAGAAACUGGAAUCUUCAUAUGCUGAAACCAAUAUGAAAAUCUCCCAGAAGGCUGUCAAGGAGAGAGCAAAGAUCACCGAAGAGGAAAAGCAGCUGAAGCAAGAGGCAGAGAGUGUUUACAAAGACAGAGUUCAGACAUUUGUAACUGCAGAGGCAACCAACACAAAAGAAGUGACCCAGGUAGAGCACAAGCUGGAUGAAGUGAAUCAGUUCAUGACCCAAGCAAGCUCUCAUGAGAUUCUGGAUUUCAAGCUGAAACUUGUAAACAAUCUUGAUGAACUUACUAAGAUACAAGGUGAGAUUGUGUCUGACAGGCUUUCCUUUCUUGAGUUUGAAGAAGGUGAAAGGUCAGUGGGAAGACUGGUGCUGGAAGAUGAGCAACAAGCUAAAGCAGAGGCUCAAGCCAAGGAACAUGAAACAAUCCAUACAAAACAGGAGUGGGAACUGAAGGAAAGUUUCAGUACACUUGACUUCCCAGAAUUUCAGAUGGUAAGGUUUGUUGCAGCUUUCUCCGACAAUGAAAUAGUAGUAUUAGAUAUAAAUAUUUACCAAUUUGCCUUCUCUACAUUAAAACCUCAAGUAGCAGCAAACACAUCACAGUCUACUCACUGCCCACAAAGAUUCAAACUAAAAGGUCUUUCUGAACCAUCAGCACUCACUGUGGGCAAUAAUGAUCACCUGUAUGUGAUUGACAAUCUAGAAGUCAAGGUCUUUAACAGGAAGUAUAUGCCCCUCUAUCAGUUCCAACUAAUGGUAAGAAACUUCUCCCCAUCAAGACUUGCGGUGGAUGAAAACAAUCUUAUAGCAGUGGGUUAUUCAGAAGGGCAGAAGAUCUCACUCUACAACCCUGAUGGAUCACUCAUCAGAACAUUCUCUACUCCAGUAAGAGCAGACUAUUUGACUUUAUACAAUGAGAGGAUUAUCUACAACCGUAGAGGUAAUAAACAUUUACACUCAGUUGAUUAUCAGGGUGGAAAGGUGUUCUCAGUAGAUAUUGAUCAGUCUGAAGGUUCCUGGGGUAUUUGCUGUGAUAAAGAUGGAAGUAUCUUUGUUGCUCAAUUUGAUGGAGGAACCAAUAGAAUAUGCCAGUACAGUCCUGAUGGCAAGUACAUUGGAUGUGUCAUUGAGGAAUGUGGUCAUGCCUAUGACAUCACAUUCACACCAUCUGGCAAUCUUGUAGUGGCAGCAGAACAAUCAGUAAACAUCUUCCAAGUUGUUUCCCAGUAAGAAUAGUACCUCACUUAACAUGGGAACCUACGGUUCUUUUCAGAACCACCCCAACUCAUUCAGAGAUUAUCAUUACAUGGUGUUACCGCAAACCUUACUAUAUCCUAUUUCCACCACGCAAAAAUUUGAAUCCUAGAAAUCUGCUUUUAAAUGGUGUUUGAAGCUUUGCAUCAGUCUUUUUUGAAGGAGUGGUGGUUCUGAAAAAAGACGGUUCGGUCCAACAGCGCACACAGGAUUAUGUUUUGCGGGGGUCUCAAACCAAUUUAUUGGGUGGGGUCCAGGGACCAGCGUUAUGGCCCCAUGUGGGGUCCGGGGCUUUCUCCCGGACCCCUAAGCUUUCUAGCGUUUUGGGGGUGAAAAAUAUAGCCUCUUUAUGCAUAAAUUUAGAAGAAAAACAUACUUUUUAAGCACUUCUGAUUCAUAUAAAUGUAUCGUCUAUAAUUACGAACUGCACAAACCAGUCAAUAAAUGUAUGUGUAUAUGGUAGGACUUAUUGCCAUUCAUAUGGGUUAGGCUGAUGCCAGCAUGAACCCCCAAAUUGUUAUGGCAUGUUGGUGAAAUACGUGUACAGUGCUGCAAAAACAGCCCACUGUACUUCCAAUUUAUAAAGUACAUACCGAUGAUGAAGCCGUCUCUGGAUUGUCACUCAUCUGGGUUGGGGUUUGUCUCAAUAAAAAAGGCAGAUAAUGCCCGCAAUCCGCAUGGAGUCCUAAAAACAAUGAUGUGCAACAUCAACUUGUGCAAGGUACAUUGUCAGCAAAGGUUUUUGUUUUAAAUAGUAAUGCUGCGGACGUGGUUGAAAAGAGAACAUUAUAGGCGGUGCUACCUACUUUUCAUCACUGGGCGGCAAAUUCCAUGAAUAAGGCGGCGUCAAACAUGAUCGGGUCGGUCGGUGUCUGGUUUCAUGCAUAUUCAGUAAAAACAUCGCGGGUAAAAAAACAUUACUCUCCGGCGUUUUUCAAAUUUAAGUACUAGAAAACCAUUGAAUGCCGGAGCGACCAAGAACGACGUGAGAUAUAUUUUAUCCUGGACAACGGGUUUCAAAUGCUUAAUAUGUUAUUGUUGCAAGUUUACACAAUUAAAAUCUUUCACCUCACACCUCACACCUCGCACCUCGCGUUAUCGAAUAUCCCAGAUAAAAGAGUUAUUUUGGCAGGGAAAAAAAUGCGAAUGGCAAAGGAGGAAAAGAAAAUACUACCACCGGAAAUAAAAAUUAAAAAAAACUACACAUGCAUUUGCGUCUUUUCUCCCUCGUUUUUUUUUCCUUUCCCCUUCCUCCCCUCCCCCAUUAUUAUUUUUUCCUUUCUUCUUCUUUCCUUCCCUCUUUCUCCCCCGUUUUUUUUCUUUUUUUCUGUUGGGGGACCCUCUUGGGAGGGGGCUCAACCCCCCCCCCCUUG